UAGCUAAUUAAAGAUGUCUCUCAUUCCGUCUGUAAAUUAAUUCUUCCCAUUUUAAACGUUGUCUGUGUACAUCUCAAAUUAUCUAUAGAUCUAAAGAUUUCAUGUUUUCGGACGGAUGGGAGAAGACCUUUUUUUAAAAUUUUCAAUUUAUAUCAAUUUUUUUUUUAAAGUAAACUUUCCAAGCUUGAAGUUAACAGUUCAGAUCUAGAUCUAGCUCUAGACUAUACUUAGUAAUACUACUAAUACUAUACUAGUAGUAUACUAGACUAUAGCGUAUCUAAUUCUAACAAACCGAGAACCUGAUUAAGACUCUAAAACUAGAGCUAGAUCUAUUCUAUAUCAAUUAUUAAAAUGAUUUGUUUGAAAACAAAAAGCUUGUGACAAUAAACGAACAUCAAAAACAAUGAACAGACAGAUUCCAAUAUAAUUAUGGUUAAUGAUCUUUGAUUUCACCAGGCACUGCGGUGCACCAACAGAGGAUCUCACCAAGAUAUGACUCUAUCAACGUAACCAUAGAGAUCAAAGGAUACGUUGUAAUAUCCAUUCUAAGGCAGAUCUUGGUCACUGUACCGUUGAGUAAUCAAAUUACACUAGCAUUGCUGCUACAACCUGAGUAUUUUGUUUCCCCGAGCCAAGAACAUAGCCCCACAGUUAAGUUUUUUUUAUCAUGAAGUUCUUCUGUUUUGAAAGAGAUAACCAGACUCAGUUUACUUCCCCUGGCUCUACUCGAGAAACGUACAUGGCGAGUUUUGAGUUGUUCCCCUUUUACGAAGGCUCAGCGUUCUCGCUCUACAAAGGUCUCCUCAACGGUAAAGGUCCUCUACGUGGCGAGUUCUGUGUGGUAAGAACGAAGAUGGAAAAAGCAGUGGACCCCAUGGUGUGGAGGGCCUACCUCAUGCGAGCGGCCGAGGCCAGUAGCCUGGCCUCAAGGUUUAAUUUGCAGAUUGGCCUGAAGGUAAUCUCGUUCCUGGCCCCGAUGUUAACCAAAAUCGACACUGUGUCCGAUUUUUCCUGCCUCUUCAAGUGUUUUGUCCCACACGACAAGCACUUGCACUUGGAAGAGUACGUUGUACUGGAACCUUACAUCGAAGGCAAGUUCCGAUACAACUUCAACUUCGAUCUCCAGAAGCUAUACGAGGACUGCUCCGACCUGCUCAGUGAAGAGGGUGACACUGACGUGAGAACAAAAGAAAAGGUGCUUAGAGCCAGCAACUUCGCCCAGUGGCCCAAUUUGUCCGAAGCGUUCAGCCACUUUACAUGGCACGCCACUCGUUCACUAGUAAUAUGCGGAUUACACGGUAUAUUCAAGGACAUGGUCUACACUCUGACCAACCCAACGAUACACUCUUUAAGCCUUCAGUACGGGGAAACAGACAGAGGGGCUGCGGCUAUCGCUGAGUUUUUCGCCGACCACCAGUGUAACAACGUGUGCUGCGAGUGGGAAGCUUACAGCCCAGGUCAUCCGCUGUCACAAAACAUCGUUCCUUUCAACGACAUUGCGUGCCAGAGCGAGCAAGUGGCCCCCUUGCGGUGCAAUGCCAACCCCAGGCGCCACUCAGCAGCGUUCACACCUUCCAGCAAAAUAGCAUCAAAGCAGCUCAAUCGCAUUUCGUACCCAGCACAUCCGGAUUUACUUCGUAUCCCAGACAUCGCCCCAACUCUGAACAACCAAAGUGACCAGCACGUAAACUCGCGUAAAAUCUCGUGGCAAACUAUUAGUCCCAGCAAUCAACCCGAACAAGAAAUCAACACAACCUACGUCUGCAACAAGUUGGUAUUUCCGGUAAAAUUCUCAAACCAGACGUCCCACGAGCGAUUACUUCCGUCCAAAUUUCACAGCCAGAUACUGCUUUCCAGCAAACAUGAGUCAGUAACCCCCUUCCAGUUCCGCAGCUACCACAAUCUUCCGGUCCAGCCUAACUGCAAUACGUUUUAUACCAAUCGUGAGAAUGAACCAAUCAGGGAACUCGGCGAUGACGGGCAGACGACAGACUCCAAGGACAAUAAAAGGGUUACACCCGAAGAGCAACCAGUGGUGGAAUCUGCACAAGAACAACUCAACCCUGUCAGCUCAGAGCAUUCCUCUAAAGACCAAGGCUCCUAUUACAGUUGUAACCCAGCUGAACCUUCACGGCUGCUGAGAAAAGACAACGGGUUCCAGAUUUCUCUAGUAUGAAUGCCUUCAAUUAUCUGAUUGAACAAAUAGUUUGAGUUUAUACAAAUAUUAGAUAGUACAAAAAUGCUUUUUUUUUCUAUCAAUCAAAUAGUUUUAUUUUUUCCUUGUUUCUCUUUGUAUAUCCUAGAUCUAUAUACUGCACAGCACCAACGAUUUAGGAUUAAUAUUUACAAUUCUACAUUGUCUAUCACAAAAAAAAAAGUUGCAUAAUAAUUACGACCGAGAUUAGCCCGUGGGCCCUUUUUUUUUUUUAUUUAAAAAGUUCUAUAAUCGAUUUUUUAAAAAAAUGUUUAACCUGCAAAACUCAACAUCUUGUGUGAAUUAUAUUUACUUUGUGUACAAACAGUUUGUGAUAUUUGAAGUCAUUUUAAGUUAUAAAUUCUGACUCUCCAAACGUCUCUCACUCUACCCUCUGCCUAUCAAUGGAAGAGUAUUGCCUGGUUUUACUUUACUUAAAGGAAUUUAUAUUUUGUUUAUUACAAUGUUUUACUGGCUGUGCUUUUUUUUUAUCAUGACUAAACUGGUGCAAUUCAUAAUAUGUGCAAUAUCUACGCUUUAAAAAAGAGAUACAUUUUUUUUUACAAUUUCUACCUUCUACACGAUUUGAUUCAAUUGUCCACUUUAUGUUGUGGUCAUUUUCUGGUGACCAGUUAAACACUCUAAGACAUUUUUCAUGUAUUGUUGUUUUCAAAUGUUGUAUUUUUAUCAUAGAUUUGAUCAUUUGGUUAAUAUAUAGGCCAACACUCAGCAGUACAUACAUUUCAUUUAGAGACAUUAUUAGGUCCACAUUCAUACUUUUGACUUACACACAUCAGGUCUACACAUAUUAGGCCCUAUUGGAUCUACAUUCAUUAUUAAUCAUAUUGUCUACAUUCAUUAUUCGAUCUACACAGAUCUACAUGAGCUCAAAUUAUUUUUACAUUACUUUCUGAGUUUAUAAAAUUAUAAAAUCUUUAAAUACAGGCCUCCCUUCAAAUAAUGAGAUUUAUUUAUUUUUUUAAUCGAUAAGUUGGUGUACAAAACAUUAUUUUAGAGCAAAUUGUAAUUUUAUUUUCUUUACGAAAUAAAACUCUUUUAUUUUCGGG